AUGAAUAAUUAAGAAUGUGAUCCUGAUAAAGGAUGUUGGCUUUUGAGUACUUGUGAGAGUGAUUAAAUAAGUUAUUCGUGUGUUCAUGAUCCUAUAUUAGAAUUAACUCCUUAUACAGGUUUUGUUUAUUUUUUAAUCCCUAUUUUGUUGGGGACUAGUAUUAUGGGUGGUUUAGGAAGUGGUAUGAUUAAAAGGCCUAUUUUAAAUCUUUUAUUGAAUUAUCCUUCAAGUAUAUCAACUCAAGUAGCAGAUUGUUUCUUAUUUACAACAUCGACAUUGAAUUCAUUAUUUUUAUUUUUUGAAAAGUAAAUCAAAUAUAAAAAAAUAAUAGACAUCCAGAUCAUCAUAAUUUACCAUUAAUAAAUUUUGAUAUAAGCAUAAUCUUAAAUUAAACAAUUCCAUUAGCAUGGAGUGCUGGAGCAUUUCUACAAUAAAGAUCUCCAAAAUUUAUUAUAUAUCUAAUAUAAUUGUGUUUUUUAUUGGGUGCCAUUCCAUUUUUAUGGAAAUUCAGUAAUAAAAUGUUAUUUAUUUAUAGCACAUUUAUAGAAAAGAUUAGAAUAAGAUAAGAAAGAAAAUAUCAUAUUGGUUAAUUAAAAAAUAAAGACUUAAGAAGAUAUGGGAAAUGAAACAAAUUUUGAUGAAAAGCUCCUAAAUUAGUAUUAACAAUUUUAUAAAAAUGACCAUAAAAAAUUUUAGAUAAAGAAUCUAAGUUUUAUUUUUGGAUCUUUUUUUGUUAAUCAAACAAUUAUCCUUAUGAGAUCUAAUAAAUAUAAUAAUUCAAUAAUUGGUUUAGAUAAAUGCACUCUUGAAAAUAAUCUAAUUUUAUUAGCAAUAGUUGGAAUUAAUCUUACUUAUACAUUUUUUGUUUAUUGGAGUAAAAGAAAUGAAGAAUAUUAUAAAGAUAUUGUAUAAUAUAGACCAAAUUAGAGAUUCUUUAAAGAGAAAAAAUAAUUCUUUUUUUAUUAUUUGGGUGGUUUCUUAGCUGGGUUCAGCACAGGAUUGUUAGGUAUGGGAGGUGGUUUAAUUAUGGUGACCUUUUUAUUAUCAUAAAAAAUAAUUGCAAGAGAAGCAGCUGCCACUGCUGCUUUUGGAUCAUUUAUGAUUUCUCUUAAUAGUCUGAUCUAAUUUAUUUUGUAAAAAACUAUAACUGAUUAAUAAAUGCUUGUAUUUUUCAUUUUAGGAGUAAAUUAUUAAAUUACUAUAUAGAUUUUAGGAGUGAUAAUUAUAGCUAAACCUUCAUAUAUUUUUAUGAACAGAUUCAAAAUUGGAUAUAUUAUUUUAAUUGUAGACAUUAUUUAAGUGUCUAUCAAUGUAUUUUCAAUCUUAGCCUUGAUUAUUAUCAAUACCAUUUUAUAUGGAUUUGAUGCAAUGUUAAAUUAUUACUCCCAUUGUUGA